GUUGCCUGCCGCAGAACAAAUCCCCAGCUGGAGCUCCAAUUGACGACCUACCUACCCGGUACUGAUAGCGGGACAAGACAAGCUCGAUAAGCUUCCAUCCCAGCUCGGCUCGGGAAUCAUUCGCGAAUUCGAUCCCAAGUUUCCACCAAUUCCCAACCUAACAACCCAUCUUAACCAACAACUCCAACCUCCUCUGCCCCCUUCCCGUCCGCUCACCCUCCGAGGCCCGCCUGUAUACCUAAAACCCGAAACGAAGCGACCACAACAACAAAAAUGGUCCUAGGCCUCUUCGAACAAUCCGAAGCCGACAAGCGCGCGGCCGAGGUGCGCGCCGGCACCGUUGCGCCCACGCGCUCCGAGCGCCAAAAGUGCUGGAUUGCGCGCGACGGCUACUUUGCCUGCCUGGACCGGAACAACAUCAUCGACGCGCUCAAGGACGAGAAGGCGGCCGUGAAAGCAUGCAAGGCCGAGAGCGCCGAGUUUGAGAAGGAUUGCGCUGCUCAGUGGGUCACAUACUUCAAGAAGUGGCGCGUCCAAGACAUCCAGAAGAGGGCUCGCCUAAAGGAGCUCGAGGCCCAGGGCGCCGUCAAGAUGGACGUCAACACCGACUUCAAGCAGUAGAAACAAUCCCGAUUCGUCCGAUCCGGUCCAAGCCAAGCCAAUCCAAUCCAAUCCAAACCGGUGUCGACUUUCUAUAAAAGUCGGGAAGACGGGGGUGGGAAGAAGAAAAACAAGGACGAUGUAAAGAUAGUGUGUAGUUGGUGUAUGUAUAUAUGCAUGGGAUAAGGCGUUUAAAUCUGAG